AUGGCCUUGAAGCGAAAGGCCUCCUUAGAAGGAGAUUCGCUGCCAUACAAACGACAGCAGCAAGCAGCUCUGGACAUUGAGGACUCGAUCUACGAAGAAGUCCAUUCAGAUGCCGAAUACUCAGCACCAGGGACCCCAAGUCUGAUCAGUGAUGAUUUGAACGAAACCCCGGCGACACCAUUUUCUACCACCUCCAGUCGUUAUCCUUCCGAAUUAAAAACCCACUACUGUCCAUUCGAGGGAUGUACCAAGGCAUUCAAUCGCCCGGCACGACUCCAGGAGCAUAUCCGUUCACACAAUAACGAGCGUCUAUUUCAAUGUACCGCUGAUGGCUGCGACAAGACCUUCUUACGUGCCUCGCAUCUCAGUCAUCAUGUCAAGAGUGCUCAUUCUGGAGUUCGAGACUAUAUUUGCGACCGCCCUGGAUGUGGAAAGAGUUUUGUUACGGGCUCGCGGCUUCGCCGCCACAUUGCUGCGCAUGACGGACGAGACAAAUAUCGCUGCACCGAAUAUCCACCAUGCGAAGAGACCUUCCGAAAACACUCGACUUUGCAGAAACACAUCACGUGCGUUCAUUUGAACCAGAAGCCGUUUCCCUGCGCUCAUGUAGAUCCGAAGACUGGGCAUAAAUGCCAAAUGGCCUUUGAUACGGCUGGUCACCUGCGAGCCCACGAGAGUAGGGUUCACACCGAGAAGCGGUUCAGCUGCGCUGAAUGCUCUCAGAACCAAGAGGAGAUGAUAGCCAACGGCGAUCUCGAGAAUUCCGUUGAGCAGGCCGUUACUUUUCCUACAUACGCUACUUUGCAAGAGCAUAUCCGAACAGUUCACCCGCCAAAAUGCCCCAAAUGUCCGAUUGUUUGUUCGACGUCGCGAGAACUGCGGCGCCACUUGGAAGUAGCACACGGUGAUGUCAGUCUAGAUGAGAGAAAGGUCUUCUUUUGCACAGAGAAAGACUGUGACCGCAGCUUCACCAAGAAGGGAAACCUGACUGUGCACAUUCGCACUGUUCAUCAAGGAGAAAAGCGAUUCGGCUGUGGUGAGGUUGAUCUUUCUACUUCCAAAAAGGUUGCGGGCUGGGAUGGCGUUGGUUGCGGAAAGCGAUAUGGCAGCAAGCUUGCUCUGGAAGAACAUGUCCGCACUGCCCAUCUUGGAUAUCCAAAUGCCAAGGCCGAGCGACGCCAACGCCUUGGGUUGAGCAAUCAGAAGCCACAGCCCCAUGGGAUUUCCACAUUGGCCGCUCUCACAGGCCAUGGAUAUGCGCAAGAAACGGGGCGACAUAUCACCUGCUUUUACGAUUCGUGCGAGAAUCGAUUCCACCGUGAUUAUGAUCUAUGGGUACACAUGUCUGCCAAGCAUAGUUGCUCCGAGGACGAGAUCCAAGGGCUCUUCAUGCAGCGUGCUCUCCUCGCGGACCAGUAUGGCCCCGGCGGCAACGCGCUUGGCAUUUACGGCCUUGAGUUUGAUUCCGACGUCACGCCCCUCUCCCACGAUGCGAAUACUACCCACGAUACGUCGAUGAAUAACCAAGUCGCCAAUCCAGGGCACCCAGCCCCCGAAUCUGAUUUUUUUAUGCAAGACAAUUUCCCCGCGGAUGCGGGUCGAGAUGUUGAUUCUAUGAUACCCAGCCAUGACGACAUGGCGUUGGUUGAUCCCGUUCUAGCUUACCAUUUGAUGGACCAGUGA